AUGGAGCAUGCACAGAAGCCUGCGCUUGAGCAGCAAGCCGCAGCUGAGCGCCGGAUCCAGGCAGCAGAGAUCCAGGCCCGCUCCUUGGUGUCUGCAGAGGUUCAGGCGCGGGCUGAGGAGGAGCGGGAAGAAGCGCGAGAGGAGCUAAGGAAAGCAGAGGAGGAGGUCUCACAAUUACGGCUUAAGCUGGCAGAUUCCUGGGUAACAGAUUCCGCCUCUGUGGGUGGAGAUGAUAUGCAGGCCUUGGAGGAGGUGGAGCAGGCAUUGCAGUGGCUUGCAGACACCCAGCACGCUGCUUCUGCGCAGACACAGCUCGUCGAGCGCCUUGAGCGCAAACAGGCCGGUCUUCAACAACGGCUACGUGAGGCGUCGGAGGAGAAAGCGGGGCUGCAGUCAGCUCGCGUGGAUCUGGGUGAUGCUGGCAAGGCCAUGCGCGAAACCAUGGCCUCACAAAGUGAGGGCUACGUGAAGCAGCUGGCCGGGUUAGAGGAAGCCAGGCGCAUCGCUGACUCGGACAGGAUCAAGUUGAUGCAGGACUGCGCUGACAUGCAAAAUAAAUUGGAUGGCCUCUUGGUGCGCGAAGCGCGUCAGACGUCGAUAAGGGGUCGCCACACCCAGCUUCAGGCUGCCUGCCGCUGUGUGGCUGAUGAAAGCCAUCGGCUCCGAGACAUGAACGCAGCCUUGGGUGAGAUGCUCCUCAGCGAUGAAACGCCCACGGAGUUCACGCAUGAUGAUAGCGACGCCGAUGCAGUGAAACGAGUUCUCCUCCUACAGAAGAAGCUCGUAGAUCGCCAGGAGUCGUAUGCUGCAGAGAGAGAUCAACUCGGGGACAAGGCUCUGCCGUGA